AUGGCCGCCCCAGGCCCAACCCCCGAGCAGAUCGCCAUGAUGCAGCAGCAGAUGGCUGCGGAGGCGCAAAGACGUGGAAUGACAGUCGAGGAAUUUGGCAAGAUGCAGCGAGAACAGAUUGCGGCAGAGGCUGCUAGACAAGGCCUUACGACUGAGCAGUUUAUCCAUAGACUGAAGGCUCAGGCCCUACGACAACACCAGAUGCAGCAGCAACAGCAGCAGCAGCAGCAGCAGCAGAUGGAGGGACAGCCGGAAGAGCAGCAGCAACAGCAACAACAGCAACCGCAGCAUCAGCACCAACAACACCAGCACCAACAGCAAACACAGCAUCAAGUGCCCGUUAACUCCGCUGCGCCGCCAGAUCCCAAAGGACUAGCUGUUGCGCAGUUCUUGAGAUCACAGAACUUGAAGCCGAGAGUCUGCAUCCUGGACGGCCGAAGGAAGGAAUUGUUUAAGGUUAAACGAGCAUUGCGUGCACUUCAGUCUCCUGCCUACGCCAAAGCAUCUGCUAAGCCCAAAUCCAACCUGCCUCCCGUCACUGAUCUAGCAUCCGCCGAAAACGCAUUUAGACUUCUACCAAUGUCCCUUCUAGCCUUGAAGGUUACAAAGGUUGACCCCCAUGAAGGCCAUGACCAUGCAAAACCGCCAUCUAAGAAAGGUAGAGUCAAGGGCCUAUGGACCGUCCGUAUACAGCAACAUCAAGACACCGACCCCAUGUCCCACUAUGUCUGGCUAUACGAGGGGCCUCAAUGGAAGCAGAAGGCAAUGGCUGCUGGAGUGUUGGCCGCCAUCAUGGCCGUUGUCAUGUUCCCAUUGUGGCCUAUCAUGCUUCGACAGGGUGUCUGGUAUCUCAGUGUUGGAAUGAUGGGAUUACUUUGUCUGUUCUUCGCCAUGGCCAUCUUCCGCCUUAUUCUCUUCGCAGUCACCUUCUUUGUCGCUUCACCUGGUCUAUGGCUAUUCCCAAACCUGUUUGAAGAUGUUGGAUUCUUUGAGAGCUUCGUACCUGUGUGGGGUUGGCAAGAGACUAAGAAAAAGAAGAAGUCAAAGAAGACAGACGGAUCAUCGUCAAAGUCGUCAAAGGCCAAAUCCUCGAAACCUGCAGCUACUGCUUCCACUGCCCCUGAAAAUGCCCCUGCUGCAGCUCAACCCACCGCGCCGGCCGUGCCUACCGAGCAAGCAAGUCAGACCAACACUCCCGAGCAGACACCCGGUAAACAUGCUUUUGCAGCUAGUGUAGAGGAUGCCGAAGAAGAGUAG